AUCUCCAUACAGACCCAUAUUUUCUUGAAUCAAGCGAUCCAACAUCUUUUUGUCAUCGUUAUUCGCCGAACCCAGUACUAAACAUUGCUGGAAAAUUUGGUAUACUAUCGGCCCCAUGUGAUUCACCUUACCCUUUAACGAAUUCUACUUUUGAGUUUAUGCGGACGAACUUUAGCGACAUAGACUUUAUCGUAUAUACUGGUGAUUCGGUUAGGCAUGAUAAAGAUAAAGCUUUUAAACGAACUCAAGAACAAGUUUUAGAUACUCAUAGAACAGUUGUGGAAUAUGUUCGAAAGUAUUUUGAUAUAUCAAGAAUUAAAUUUGUAAUUUCCGUUUCAUCAUCAUCGUCUUGCAACGGUUCGUUGUUAAAAUCUUCUUUGUGUAUAGAGCAUAAUCGAUUAUCUCAAGGUCCAAAUGAUUUGUUGGGAAAUUUAUCUCAAAUCUGGGCUCCUUUAAAUCUGAAUUUAACUUCUGACUUUAUAAAAGGAGGAUACUUCCGUCAAGAUAUUCAUUCCAAAAUCUCUGUACUUAGUCUCAAUUCCAUGUAUUUUUACAAAAAGAACACAAUAGUACCUGACUGUAAUGUAACAGAUGGUCCCGGUGCAUUACAAUUGGAAUGGUUUGAACGCGAAUUAAAGAGUGCACGCCAUGAAGGACGAAAGAUUUAUAUUUCACAACACGUUCCCCCGCUGGAUGACUCUAAUACAUUAUCGUUCGUUACUAGUGCCAGUAAAGAUGAGGAUGCAUAUUCAAUAUUUGUCCUAAACGAAACACACGUUUCAAAUAUAAGUUCAGUAGACGAUGUUGUAUUGGUUUUAACAAAUGCUCCAUCAAUAAAACCAAUUGAAUCGUCGAUUAACAUCUCUACAGCCAUUUAUAUCAAUUCCGGCACAGUAAAACUGGAUUCAAGUUCAGAAUCUUCCUGUAUGAGUUUAACUGUGUUACAACAAUCUUAUUUUGUAAAUCUAACAGAAGCAAAUGGGAUUGGUGAAGCUAUAUGGAGAAUUGAAUAUGUAGCUAGUGAAACUUAUGGAAUGAAUUCUUUGGAAACUAAAGAGUGGACCAGAGUUUUAAACAAAUUUAGAGUACCUGAUA